AUGAAGGCUCUCACCUUCCCUGAUCAGCUCUAUGAUACUGUCUUUGAAGAAGAAUCCAUCAACAGCAAGACUCCCAUCAGGCUGUACGGAGGAGCCCUCCUCAGUCUCUCCCUUAUCAUGUGGAAUGCCUUGUACACAUCAGAGAAGGUCAUCAUCCGUUGGACCCUGCUGACAGAAGCCUGUUACUUUGGGGUACAGUUCCUAGUUACCACCAUCACCCUUGUCGAGAGUGGCCGGAUCUCCACAGGUGCCAUGCUCCUCCUCACCAGCCGGAUCCUCUUCACCCUCAUCACUGUUUACUACUAUUACCAAGUUGGACGGCGACCCAAGAAAGUCUAAUACCUGAGGCUUUCUGAGGGAGAGGGGUGGGGUUUCUGUUAGUAAUGUCACUUUUUUUGUUUUGUUUGUUUGGUUCCUUUUGUUCUCAAGCAAUUCCCUUCUCUUCCACUUACCAGCAUGAAUCAGUGUGUAAACCCACUGUUGGCACCAUUGCCACACGAGGUGCAGGGGGAGAGCUGACCCCUACAGCCCUCCCCAUAUCUGUCCAGAGAAGGCAAGUGAAUGCAGCAGGGAAGGCUGACAAGAUGUAGGGACCAGUCAGGCUCAGGGACAAUGGAGGAAAUGGGCCAGUGGAAUCCCAAGCUCAGAAACCUUUUCAGCAAAGCACAAAAUGAUUGCGGCACAUAGAAACUGAAUCCCCGAGGGGAGAGGAAGCAAAGGCACACUGCAAAGGACUCAUUCCAGCUCCUCUAGGUUUGGAGCUAUUCAUUUGCCUUUCACUCAUACCUAGAGCCUUUUCCCCGCUUAGUGAGCAGACUGCAGAACUAAUCCUGGCCAGCCCUCUAAGGCAGGGCUGCUGCCACAGCUCCAAUCAGGUAGUGUUGUGAUUUUUAGAGACAACACCCAGUGUAUUUACUCUGUGCUGACAGAUGCUAUAGCAAUGCUGACAGGACACACUAGAUUAAAUACAGCAAGCAAAGAGGGUGGCAUCUUUGUCAUCACAGUCCUGUGAAACUUGACACCAAGCUACAUCCAAAUCGUGUAUGGAUCUUCUUAAGGGAGAGUGGUGCAAAAAGCUGGAGCAAGAACAUGUGGGUUGCAUUAGGGGAGAAAUGUAAAGAGCUGUUGAAUAGUCUUCAAGACUGUUGUCUUGGAAGUUUGGUAUAUAGCCUGGGCUGCUGCUUGUAUUUGCUUCCUUAAUUCCUAUUGGAGCAGUUCCCCUGCAGCUAACACUAGUGAGUGCACUAGCAUAGAUCAGCCAGUGACACUUGAACCAGUUCCCCUACUUUGGUCUAGAUGAGGCCAUGGUUAAAAUACUCCCCUUAUGUCCUGUCUAUGCUAGAGCACCCCUCACUGUUAGCAAGAGUGAGGAAAAGGCUUGUGUCAGUGAGGACUGCAGGGGGUAAAUCACUGUUCUGUGGGUACUUAUGUGACUCUUACUCUAGUGAAGUGAGGGACUAGAUGAGCCAGCUGGUCUUCUCCCCUCCUACUGUUCAGGUACCAAUUUCCUCUUAGAUUCAGCAGAAAAAAGGACCAAAUGCUGAGGUCUUAUGUCUUCAGGAUCCUAUUUUGGCUGGGAUAAAGAAUGGCUGGCUGAGCAGGGAGAAGUACUAGGCCGCUCUUGCCUUCCCCAGCCAUGCCAAAGGCAUAACAGGACUUCAUUGUUCCCAACUGUUGCCUCCCAUUGCUCUUAAGGCUGAGGAAGAUUUAACCCUGGCUCCACAGCACUGGCUCUGCUCUGCUUCUAGUGACAAUCCUGGAGAAGAGAGUACCUUGCCCCACCUACUUUCCAGUACCAUGCUGCUGGUUCUCCACUGUACUGAAAUCCAAAGGAUGGGAUAGAUAGCAUGGAAUUAUUCAUGUACCAACAGAGGGGGCUGACAGACCAGGCAUGUGUAGGGUCCUGGCUGUUGAGAAUCAGAACUGUCUGUGAACAGCAGAGCUAAGGUGGCUGCUAAAGAAUAUUAGCUUUAAGGAACACUUCUUAGCAUCAGCCAGAAAAAAAUCCCUCACUAAAGUUAACAUAGACAUCCACUGAGCACGCAGGGUAAAACCUGGUGCAUCUUCAUUACAGCUUGCCCUUAAAGCGUGUUUCUAUUACGUGCUUCUGGCAUUUACAAACAGCUCCAUGAACUUGGCCUGCUGUGUGCAUUGCAAUUCUGUCAAGUGGAAAUGCUGAAAAUAUUUGAGCUGAUACUAAAUCAACCAAAAAAAGAGUGGAGCCCUAGCCCCAUUGCAGCAACCUCUGGAACCUUAGUUACUUGCUAAUGCUGGGGCUGAGUAUAACUAACUCUCCAGUCUGGCCAGUAGAAGAUUAUAUAAUGAAAAUUCAUCAUGAGUUUCAGAGGUACUGUCUGGAAUGGAACAUGUAACGGGAUCCUGGGCUUUUGGGGUUAAUUGCAUUUCAGCAGGAAGAGGCAGGCAGAUUCUAGGAAAGGAUCUUUCUUGGGGGUAUGGGUAGAAAAAUGCUGCCCCUAGCAUACACCACUGGCCAUCAGGGCUGAGUUUGUAUUAAUGCAGCAUAGCUGAAUGGGCUUUAGUUAUGAACCGCUGGCAGAAAGCCCCAGCUCUGCAUCUGCCAUGGCAGUGAACCAUCCAGCACAUGUUGCUCAGGGUUGGUUGCAAUCUAGUCUUGGUUGAUUUUCAGGAUUACCAAAGGGGUUUUAAAGCACCUAAACUUCCAUAAAAGCCCUAGCCCCCCUCCCUGGUUCCUGCAUGGGAGUGUCAAGUUUUUUGCUGCUAUAAUUUCAAGUGUUUAACCAAAUCGGUAGCUGAGACAAUGAUUCUGUUCUCUGAUGUUUAUUGCCCCCUCCAGCCUAAGUGAUCUGGAGAGAGCAGAGGGGUGGGGCAGGGCAGAGGGC